AUGACACUAUUUUCAAUUUUUCAGGAGCUCAGAAGACCGGGUCCAACAACCGCUGAGAAGAGAGAAGUCCACGCCAAGAAUCCCAAACAUAUGAUGAGGAAAAAGUAUCUUCAAAGGCACCUUUGGUUCACGUGUUGUUUGCUUACAAUAGGAACCUUAUGCUGCCUCAUUUACAAUCAACGUCAGUCCCUCUCUGAAAACGUACCGCUGACUUUCGUUGCCACUGCGAGGACGCCUAGCUACCACACAACAACAUACCAUCGAUACACUAAAACGACCUCGCAUUCCUGGGAAAAUAAAGAGACACGAGGCAUAGAGGAAAUAAUCUAUAUUGACGCAGAAAAUGAAAGAGAAUUGAAACGACGCCUUCCCAACGCUCUUGUCAUUGGAAUAAGGAAGGGAGGCACAAGAGCCGUGCUUGAUUUUCUGUCCCGUCACCCUAGUGUUAAAGUGUGUCCUCAAGAGGUGCACUUCUUUGAUCGCAGGGAAAACUAUGUUCUUGGGCUUGAAUGGUACAGAGAGCAAAUGCCGCCUUCCUUACCGAAUCAAAUCACAAUUGAAAAAACUCCUGCGUACUUCGUAACAGAUGACGCGCCCGAGUUAAUUUAUAAUAUGUCGUCUUCCAUUAAACUAUUAGUAGUAGUCCGUGAUCCUACUGUUCGAGCUAUUUCAGAUUACGCUCAGUUGCUUGAGAAAUCCAAUGGUACAUUGACACCGUUUGAGGAUUACGUGACGGAAAAUUCUCAGCACCAGAUACUUCGGAAAAGCACCCCACUAAUUACGACUGGUAUUUACGUUGACCAUUUGAAAAGAUGGCUGCAGUAUUUCCCUCUCGAGCAGAUUCACUUUAUUAACGGGGAAGAACUGGUGAAGAAUCCUGUCAAUGAAAUGCAGAUUGUGGAGAAUUUCUUAAACUUGAAACCUUUUAUCGAUGAUGACUUAUUUUAUUACAACGAAACUAAGGGGUUUUUGUGUCUUGUUCCGGUAACUAAGAAGGAAAAGGAAGGGGUUCACACCGGGUGCUUGUCGGAGUCAAAGGGGCGACCCCACCCUCCGGUAAAUGAAGACGUGGUCACACUGUUGCGUGACUUCUACGGACCAUUAAAUGAAGAGUUCUAUCAAGUUGUUGGAAGGAGCUUUGGUUGGCCCUAGUCAGCGUUUUGCUCUGAGACUUUUUGAAGAAACCUAUUUGCGCGGUUUAUCCGGGAGUUAACAUGCAGAUUAUUUUCACCCGAGGAAAGAGCCCCACCUACCUGAGGUAGUUCGAGCUAUUGAAGGAUCAAUUACUUCUGCCUCUGCUAAAACUGUCUUUACCCUGACUCGGGAAUCAGUUAUGCCGCUACCUAUAGUUUAGUCAGCUUUUUCACCCGUAGACGACAACUGUACUAUCUUUCUGAACGUUUUCGUUUACUUGCCCUUAGUUUGUUUGUUGGUUUGUUUUUUUAUGCGGCCUCUUUAAUAAGAUUACUUUAAGAGCAAAUGCAAAUGCUGCCAUAACGGUAUCACGGGUUUGCUUUUUGGAUUGUGUUUGAGAGCAUUAUAAAUGUGUACCUCAUAUAUGGCCUAUUCUCUCCCUGAUUUUAACAAUGUACAACUGAUGAGCGGACCAACCCAUUUUUUUGUUUUAGUUUCUAACUUCUUUUAUCGUUUCUAAGCUUAAUGGUCCUAGAUAAAUUACCUCUACAGGGGUGUUAUAGAGUUCCUCGGUAAAUUAAUAUUAAAUAAAAGCAAUGUUAUUGUUAGAAAAAAAGCGGUUUUGGUGUCUAUUUAGCAGUGUAAUGGAAUUGUUUCGAAAUUUUUGUUUCGAAACAAAUUCGUCGGAUACCAAAGGGAGGCCACAUCUCCUUAUGAGGGAUAAUAUUUGGCCUUUAUUUUUAUGACAAAAUUAUUAUAGGCUUUAUAAUAAGGAAUUGUAUAAAAGGGAGCAAAGAGAUUUUUAUUGGUCAUAGAAAUUCUUGGUAUCAUAACACUCUUGCGAUUAUAGUUUGUAUCUCAGAGCUGAGUAGUGUCAGUAAGCGAAUUCUCUUAAAUUAACUGUAUUAGUAACCGGUUAGAUCUGUAAGAUAACACUGAAAGCAAAGUCUGUUCGCGGUCGAGCAACUAUUCUUUCGCCCAUGAUGAGGUGGUUAUUAAUCCUUUUAAGAUUUUAUUACACUGGAAAAUAAAGUUCCGGGUCAUACAAAACCUCUGAGGAUAAAGAAAAUUUGAUAAAUUGUCAUAUCAUUAGUGAAGGGCGACUCCAUUCAAGGUUUUACUAACGCCGUGAUACUUGUUCUACAACAUGGCGUUAAGGAUUGAAAUCUGAAGUCUAUAGUUCAAGUCUGAAGUGCGAAGACUGAAGUCUAAAGUUUGAAGGCCGAUGUCCCACGUGCGAUUUCCGAUGUCGUAUCUCCGUUUAGCCUGAAAUUCAUCCGAUUGCUUCGAGUCGUUUUGGGAGUAAUAACGACUGGAAGUAAUCGGAUGAAAUUCAGGCUAAUCUCCGUUGUCCAAUGUCCGUUUUCUGAUAUUCGAAGUCCAAAGUUCUAAUCGGAGUCCGAACUGAAGUCUGAUAUCCCUACUCGGCUUUAGCACUUCUCAACUGCCUGGAUUUCAGCUAUAUUCUGAAAACAUUACUGACGCUGUAAAAGGAAAGGGGAAGAGUUAAAGGUUGUUGGUUACUUCCACAUCCCUGAAGUCAAUCCCUUAUUUCCCCCCUUCUUAAUACGUUUAUAUAGAAAUUGUUGUUUUUGAAUGGAGUAUCCCUUUUCCGCUUAUGCAUGCGUUUACUUUUCCGAAUUCUGUAUGUCCCCAUUGGCGGAAAAUGGACCUGAAGACGGAGCCGAGUAAAGUUGCUCGGGGGUUGAAAUCUAGAUAGUGGGAACGGUGCACAAGUAGCAGAAGGAAAAAAACAACGACAGAGGUGGGGGAGGGGGGCGGGGGAAAGAGUAGAGUAAAGAGAAGGGUAAGAGAAGAAAUGAAGAAAAUUGAAACCUUUAUAUAACAAACCCUUCUAGUGCAUAACAACUACCACUGUACUGAGCGAAAAAAAAAAUACAGUUUUCCAAAACAUAAAAAAGGUUAAAUUCGCAGCAGGGUCACUAAAAAUCUCUCAUAUUUUCAUCGGCGAACUUGUAGAGAAAUGUUGUAGUUUGGAAAAGGCCAUAGCUUAGACAUUUAAAUGACUCUCUAAUAACUUGGAAAAAUUGUGUCCAUAAGAAGCUAUCCUUGACAGCUAAGAUAUAUUCGAAGGAGACAGUGGAAAGCUAAAUGAGUGUAUAAGACCAACACAUCUAAAUGUUCUCUUAGUGUUGGGUUUUAUCAAAAGAGGAUAAAUCACCUUCAUUCAUUUUAUAUACCAAGUACAUAGACACAUACCUGUCUUAUUUGAUGGAACUGAGGUUGUAUUAAAGGCAGCAUAGGCUGAUUUAGCAGACCUGCCGAAUGAAUACAUAUAAAAGGCAAAUAUUUAAAAAAAUAUAUGUCCUUGUUUAUUAACUAAAUGAAGGUUUCUUAUCGAUGUGAGGGCAAUGUAAGGAGAGUUUACUGUCCUCUCUUCAUUUAAUUAGUUGGAAAAAGACAAAGAGACGUAAAUGUAAGUCCUGGGAAGGCAUCCGUUGUACUUAAAAAUAAUCUUUUACUGCCAAGGAACAAUACUGGAUAAGUUCCAUCCCUACUUCCUUCCUUUUCCUACUAUUUCCUAUUUUAGUUGGAACCUUUAAUUAAUUUCUUGAUGCCCAGCACCGGAACAAACCGGAUAAGUUCCUUUUCUAUUUUAGUACAACUGGUACUGAGCCGUGACUUCCUAUUUCAUUGCAUUUGUCUCUAUCCCAAAAAUAACCUUGUUACAACAGUACGUAAGGAUUUUUUUGGAACUAAGGGAAUGGAGUAUUUUUGGCAGUUAUUAGCGUUUCCGCAACUUAACUAAGGUUUUUGUUGAUUGUGUGUAACGAAUGAUGCCGAUUCUGGAUGAGACUGCACGAUUACACAUCAUCGGGAGGAUAUAUAAUGCUAGUGAUUUAAUGAUGUAAAAGAUAAAGUUAAAGAUGUAGUCGUCCAUGUUGUUGUUGUUGUUGUUCAUUAUGAUGAUGUGGAUGAUAACGAUGAUGAUGGUGAUGAUGAAGAGGAGGAGGAGGAGGAGGAGGAUGAGGAGUAAAAAAACACGGUGGCCCAUUCAGCUUGGAAACUGGUCUCCACUGAGGCCCUGCGUCUUAAAAACUACCGUUACAGUUCGAAUUUUAAAUUAUAAAAGAAUAAAAUACAAUAAAAGCGUUAAACACAAAAUUAAAAAAACACCUAAAAAACAAAAAUUACAUUUAAAAAAGCCUAAAAUGUUAUAAAUUCAAGAAACGGAAUUAAAAAUUUCGAUAACUGUUCAAAAACGAGACACCUUGAUACUAAUUAGGGUACCCAAUAUCUAACUGGAAAACAUUUCUUGAAGACAAUAUUGUUUAUCAGGAAAGAAACUCAACGUUACAUUGUAAUGCUGACAAGCACAAAAUAUGAGACAUCUUACAUGUCAAGAUCUUUAUGAGCUUCAUGCUCGGCUUUAGGAAUGACUAUAGUUGGAGGUGCGCAUUUGAUUCAUUUUCUAAAAAAUAAUUACGACAUGACAUAAUUGCCACCCUUUCAUCAAAUAACUAUCUUAACUUUUCUUGGUAAUGUGGUUAGUCGACCUUCGGUUAUUCGCCUAAGAUUCUUAGAAAUAGAACAAGUUAAUCGCGAUAAACGGACGACAUUUAUGGUGGACGAAACAGACACCAUUUUCCAUACAACAAACUUUAAUUUAGAACAGUGUCUUCCCUAAUGACAAUAAUGUUACAAAAUGUACAAGUAUAAGUCUUUUUGAACACGGUUUGAAUAAUGAUUGUAGCAAGUGAAAAGUAGAGACCAGUAAGCUUCAAAUUAAGUGCAAAGAAAGAAAACAAUUGAUUUAAGUGUUAAAACAUGUGGCAAAAUGUAAAAGUUACCACUUCUAAUUAGAAUACAGAGAAUACAAUGUGUGAAAUUUGCUGCAAAUUAUCUUAGGUAACCACUGAGUUUGGUCCUUGAAAUUUAGAGGCUGGUUGUGAGUUUCACGGAAAGGUUAUAAUUAUAAAAAAUUUGAGAAUACACAGAUCCCUUACUAAGUAAAUGUAUAAAAUGUAUAAAAUCAUAGAAAACAAGAAAAGAAAGUUUAUUUCUACUGCAAUCGUUGCUGAUUUUAUGAUCAUGCAGCCGAGAACUACUCAGGCUAAAGAUGAUUUGUAGUUUACUUGUUUUUUCUUUUUGUUAGCUGAACUUCACCACCAAGCUUAGUAAUUUCUUGACUUCUCAUGGAAUGUUCAUCAUGCUCAAAGACUGGAUAAAUAAAUCCUAAUGGCAGGGAAGAAUCCUAUUUCUUAAAGCUUGCUUUCAGUAUUACAUUAUUGUAUUAUGUAAAAUGAAAAGCCUGCCGAAGGGGAAGUAAAUUGAUCAGUGUCUGAAGAUGUAAAUAAGGUACUUAACGAUGUGCCCGGCAAAUAAAAGACGUUUGCUUUCUUGUCUCUCACAAGUUUUUAAUAAGGCUUUUUAAUACGUCGAAAAAGAGAAGGAGCUCGAGUAUUUGUUCUGUCUUAGCCUUUCUACUGUAUUUGAAUAUUACGGGAAGAGUUGCCUUGUUAUUUAUUUUCAGAUCAUCUGAAAGCAUGCAACUUUCUUUAACGACACAUUUAGCUUAUAGCUCAUAUAAUCUUACCAGAACAGAAAACGUACAUGAUGUUGUUUUUUUGUCAGUAUAGAGAUGAGUUAAGUUGUGGGUUGUCUUUUGAAAGUAUUCAGUAAAGACGACUACCAUGAUAAUGGUGAUGACAAUGAUUGUUUUGCCUGAGUACUGAAAUUUGUGGCAUUAUAUCCUCUGAAGAAUAUUUAGUCUAAGAAAGCUGGUAAUUUGCUUAUACAAAGGAUGACAAUAACGACGAUUUUGCUGUUUUUGUUGUUGUUACGCUGUUGUUUUUGUUGUUGUUGUUGAUGAUGAGGAUGAUGAUGGCCGUGAUUUCUACUUAUGCCAUAGAAACAACAAGGAUAUUAAUAGAGAAAUCAUCUCUCACUUAUUAUAUUAAGAUAUAAAAAGCCUCCGAAGAACUGAACAAAAGCAAAAAUGGAUAACAUAGUGUGGUGGCCUAUGGUUACAUACGACAAAUCAUGGUUAUUCAUGGAAGUGAUGACUGUACAAUAACAGUGAUGACGAUGAUGACGACGACGAUGUUGUUUCUCAUGAGGAACAUGGAAAAAUGCGGUAAUUAGGUUUUACGAACAAUUUCAACGUGGAUGAAAAGUAAGCUUCAUGAAGUUUGACUGCUAACAUGUAACCAAAAAAACUGAACAAGACGUUGCACACUCUUUGGAGAAGAAAUGUCUUGAAAAAACGUCGAUUUAGUAUUGCGCUUAUAGUAUACGAACAACAGACCAACAGUGAUGAUGAUGAUGAUGAUGAUCAAGAUGAUGAUGAUGAUGAUGACGACGACAGUUAA